CUGACAAGUUGCUCACAACACACGACCAAUCAGGAGGUAGUGACGUGAAUGACGACGGGGGAAGAUAGAAGGACAUACUGAGGUGAUAAAAACUUCCAAUGAGGUAUUACAAAAAUGACUAGCAAAAAGGAACUUCUUACUACAGUAGAAAAACAAAAGGAACAGUUAUCAAAAUAUGAAGCAAAAUUGAAAGAUGUUAUACGAGCAUACAAAGGUUUACUUAAAGAAAAGGAGGUUUUAGAAGCAAGUCUGUCUGCUCUGACAUCAGUUGAGAAGAAAACAGAAAAUGCAGUUACAGAAGGCCAACAAAAGUCUUCAGAAAAGGAUAGUGAAUCAGCACAGUCAGAUGCCUCGGCUAAUAGUCAACAAAAAAAUAAUGAGCAGAAUGCAGCAUGUGAAGAGACCUCAUUGCAGUCUCCAGAGAGCCUUGAGGCUUUGCAAAAUAAAGUUUCAACACUAACUAAGGCUUUGACCACUUUAACUUCUGAGAAAAACAGAAUUGAAUUGUCAUUCCAGAAUGAUAAGAAAAGACUUUUAUCAGAGAAGGAAAAGUUGGAACAGCAAGUAGGAGAACUACAAAAUGCAGGCAAGCAGAAAGAAGUUUCAAUGGACGAGAAAUUACAAGAUUUACGCAGCCGCCUGAUUGUUGCUCAGCAUGAACGAGAUCAAGAUACCCAAACCACUGCAGUAAUGUUAAGGGAAUUGGAGAGCAAGUUGGCAGUAGAACGCAGUGGACGAGAAAAAGCAGAGACUCUAUUAGAAGAAGCAAAGCAACAGGCACAGCGACCUUCUACAGUUGCAGUCAGCCGUCCGCUGGAACAGUAUGAGAAGAAAAUAACAGAUCUUCAGAAUGAACUAGAACAGGUUCGUUCGCGCUUGAAGAAAGCAGAACAGCAGUCGGAGAAACCACCCUUACUGCUGAAAAUCCAAGGAGAAAUGGAGGAUAUGAGACUCCAACAUCGACAAGCAAUCCAGCAAGAACGUAAUCGUGCUGCUACUGUAGAGGAAUCCGCAAGAAAUUUAGCCCAGUCACACGAAGACCGAGUGGCAACCCUAGAAGGACGACUCGCUAAUCUCUCCUUGACUGUAGCGUCAUAUGACCGAACACGUCAAGAAGAUCUUCAAGCUAUACAAAAACUCAAGGAAAAAGUGUCAGAACUGGCACAAGAAAACACCUCAUUACUCGCACGCCUGGGACCAGAGACUGAUAAUAGCGAGUCAGACAUCAAUACACUUUGUCGACAGCUGACCAAGCUGAAAGACCAGCUCAUUCAAGCAAACUUACAUGCUCCUCAUCCUGUUGACCUGGAAGCUAUUCUGUGCGCUGGCGAGAACAUUCAUUCCCGUUGCCAGCAGGAAUAUGACUGUUUGAAGGAAGAAUUUGAAAAUUAUAAGAUCAUUGCCAACCAAAAAUCAGAAACUGUUGGAGAGAAUGUGUGUAGAGGAGAAUGUGGAAAACAGCUUGAAGACUUGCGACAGAAAAUUCGUAGUUUGACUACAGCAGCUCAGCUGGCAGCUGAGUCCCAUAGUCUUCAAGUAUUAGCAUUUAAAGAGGAAAUGGCGUCUUUACGGUCAUCUCAUGAGAGUAAUCUACGCCGUGCUGAAACAGAAAAUCGAGUAGCCAUUGUUGCAUUAGAACAGCAAUUGGCGAUGCAGCAGCAGCGAUCUCUAAAUACCUUGAAUGAGCGAGAUAUGGAGAUUCAGCGUCUAACCAAGGAAGUGCAUGAAUUAAGGAAAUCAUCAGCCCAAAGUGGUUUAGGGACCCUAGAAGCAACAGCUGCUAUUUUGUCGCAAGUGAGUGGUGGCAGUGAAGGGCCACUCUUACAUCACUUGGAGGAACUAGCUCGCAAAGAUCAAGAAGUAUCCCAACUGAGACGUGAGAAACGGCAGUUGGAAACCACAAUGAGGGAGGUUCAGAUGGCAGCAUUAAAUAGACAGCAGGCUCAACAAGACAAAAUUGAACGUUUAGAGGAAGAAGGUGAAAGGUACCGUAGGAAUGUUUCACGGGAAGGUGAAAAUCUGGAGUACUUGAAGAAUGUUGUCCUACAGUACAUGACGAGUUCAGAAGCUGAAUCACGUAAUCUCAUGCUAAAUGCUAUAUCUGCUGUCCUAAAAUUCACCUCUAACGAGGUGGAAAAUGUGAGAAAAUACAAUACACUCUGGUGGUGGCAACCUGCUCCAAAGACAGGGGUUAAGGUUAAAACUCAUCACUAAUAUGGAGAGAAAAUGAUGGAAUUAUAAAGCGGCAUAUUCACUGUUAAUUUUAUAAAGUCAUUCAUAUAUUACUUCCAAUGUUCUUGUUAUAUAAAAAGAUUUAUUUUCGGUGAUGUGAAGGUGUCUGGUGUCUGCUGUGUGUAAACAAAGGGGAUAAUGCCUUGGAAUAAAAACAGAUAGGCAGACAAAAAAACAGACAGUUACAGACA